ACAUACCCAAAGGCGAUCCGAUAGGCCGGACGCGAUUUGCCAUUCAUCUACUACUGCAAGUUGGCAACAACGAUGCGUGCAUGAUGGGCCUUAUCAAGAGCGACCGCUGCACUCCUCAGUCGUGUUAAAACGUACGAAGCCUACGAUCCUCUGGCUUGGUCCGACCAAGAUAUCACGAAGAAAAAUCGAAUUCGACACAUGAUUCGAUUGAACGAUCAUGAGACCCAACUUCACAGAUUGCGGCAUUCGCUAUAUGUCCAACCCCGCACUCAUAGCACGAUACAAUUACAGUGGACGUGUUCGCCUUGUUGAGGCAAACCGUAGUGAACAAGUUACUUACGAUGGAUGCGUAGCCAUAUGCGGUCCCGGGAAUGAGUACUACACAUGGCCGGUCAUCUCAGUCACGUUGACGACGUGGAUCUUACCUAUCCUAGGCAUAUUACUGCAAGCGCCUUUUGAAAGUAACGCAUUCUGGAGAACAGUCAAGGCGUGCAACAGGUGGAUAGGAAGCCCUGUGAGCAGUCUUGCUGCGAUCUUGUGGGAUAUUGGAAUUAGCGGAAAGUGUGCGCUCUUCGUGGAUAUGGCAGUGCCGUACAACGAGACCCCAAACCAUGGCAGCGACUACGCAAGCAUGCGGGACUCAUUCUACAUCUUGAUGAAUCUCAACCAGUACAAGAUGAAGCCAGUCAUCUCAAUGACCCGAGAGGCGGAAGGGCUCCUGCGCGUCGCCUUGUUCAGCAAAGAGCUCCAGCUCGUUGGCACACACAAGACGCUCAGCCAGAAGCGCCUGAAGCUGGCCCACGAUCUGCGAAGCAACCGACGCAAAGGCGUCGUACCGAUCUUUCUAUCGACAUUGUGGUUCAUCCUCGCUCUAGGCAUUUCCAUCGAAGCCGCUUUCGGCGACCUAGGCAGCAACCUCCAAGCGCACAACCUCGCAAUGGGCCUUUUCGUCUCUUGGCUGCCCAUACUGAUCCUUUGUUCUAUCCUCGACCGUAAUCCAGUCGCUUCCGAUGAUAUCCAGCGUAAGCUCAACAAGCUAGUUAAUCUGGUCUGCGACUCACUCCUCGAUCUCGAAAUAAGGACCGAAUAUGUUGCAUCCUUUGCAGAUCUACCGCAGGCGCAACAUAUGGCGUAUUGGGUCGAGAAGAUUGCUACCAAAGCUGAACUCAUCAAAGAUAACUACUUCCAUGGUUUCGCUGGCCAGGCCAGAACGAGGUUUCAUUACGGCGCUGCUUACGCGAUCUUGAUUGACAUAGAGAAGGCGUACAUUGCUGAACGUGGAAGAAAUUGGCUGAGAGAUCCGAGAGAAGCAAGAGCAGCAUUGGUGCUUGGUCAGCUCGAUCAAGGCUGUACGUGGUUUGAUGGUCGCCAACUUUGGACAGUAGUUGUCUCUAUUCUUCUAGUAGGUGGCACUAGUGUCGGCGCGUUCGUCCUAUCUUUCAACACGCCUACAGUUGGCCUCGGCUGCCGAACCGGAGGCUAUCUUAUCUUUUUCAUCAUAGCACUCGUACUCCUGAUCGCCGAGAUCACAGUAUGGUGGCUCACCUCGCCACUGAGAGAGCAAGAUCAAUUCCAUUCACAUCUUGGGGCAUAUAAUCGCCACGCGAAGUCUCGCAAAAAGACAGUGUUUGCGACUCUCCCUGGACUGGCGUCAUCGAGGACAUUAUUAGCACAGCUACUCCAAAUAAUAGAGACUGGAGUACUUCAAAGUAUCCUGCUACUCCUUCGUUUGCUCCCUUCUAAGUACGGGAGGGAGCGAUUGGGUACGACGGAAGCUGCGAUCCACGCACACUUUCUCAGCCUACGAAGUCUGACAGCCCGCAACUGGCUCCAACGCGGCUUUUUCACACCUCUGGAGUUCACAAACCUGGUCUGGGCAUGCUACCUUCUGACUGCCCAGACAGUUGGGGCAUUCAACAAUUGCGCGUGCAUGACUUCGACUUGGGGCGGAUUCGGAGGCUAUCUGGACUUCACACAAAUCAAUGUCGCGAACAGUGCGGUUGUAGAAAAGUACUGGAUAAUUGGAACAACCACUACCUGCGUAGUGAUGGGUUUAGGCAUGAGCUAUAUUGUCCUCGAGUGGCUCUUGCAAGCGCAUCUUAGUACCGAAAAUUACGAUGAUGCUAUGAACGGUCUUUGGCGUGUUCGAAGAUUUCGACAUGCUACGCUGUGGAUCAAGUACCCCCUCGAUAUCCUCGUCCGUCUUGUCGCAAACGCAUUAAAUGCGUUCCAGGUGCGUGGGAUUCAAGAUCGUCGGGUUGUCGUGUGGACGAAAGCCUCGACUUAUAGACCGAGCGUCGGGCAAGCUUUGGUUCGACUUGGAACCGAUGUACAGCAUUUGCCUUUUCAGACGGUCGAUGCGUAAAAUCCUGGAUCGUUUGCUGGAGGACCCC